ACGACGUUUCGCUGCAUUUUCCUUUCAACAUUUUGAACAAAUUAAAUUCUCCCACAAAAACAACAGUUCAAUAUGAGUUCAGGCAGAGCGCUUCAAAUAAUAACUCCUGUAAAUCAGAAAUUCGAAAUAAAUUUAGACGAUUUCAAGCGAAUUCUCGAAGUUGAUCAAAUAAAGGAUCGAAAUGUUGUGAUUGUUUCUGUUGCUGGUGCAUUUCGAAAGGGAAAAAGUUUUCUAUUGAACUUUUUCUUGAAAUAUUUAAACGCUCAGUACAAAAAACAUGAUGUGUCUGAUUGGUUGGGCGAAAAAGAAACUGGCAAUAGAUUGAUCGGAUUUGAGUUUGCGGGUGGUCGUCAGGCUAAGACCAGUGGAAUUUGGAUAUGGUCCGAAAUAUUCAUACAUGAUUUCGCAAACGGUGAAAAAGUGGCGAUCAUGCUAAUGGAUACACAAGGAAUCUUCGAUAGUCGAACAUCAUUGAAGAAUAAUACAACAAUUUUUGCAAUCAGCAUGAUGCUAUCGUCGGUUCAAUGCUAUAAUGUCAUGCAAAACAUCCAAGAAGACGAUUUGCAACAUUUGGAACUAUUUACAGAGUACGGUCUACUUGCGCUCAAUAAGUCGAAUGAAAAGGCUUUUCAGAAUUUGCUCUUCAUUGUUCGUGAUUGGCCCAAUGCAUUUCAGAAAGACACACCCUAUGGAGAUGGCAAAUUUUUUCUUGAUGAACUAUUGACUGAAAGUGCAAGUCACACAUCCGAAAUGACACAUUUGAGAAGACGAAUCAAGUCGAGCUUUGAAAGAGUAUGCGCAUAUUUGAUGCCUAGCCCGGGUUCUGCCGUCGCAACUGGACGAAAUAUUAAUGGAGAUUUGAGUCAAAUUGACGCUGAAUUCAUUGAACAUUUGAAGAAACUGGUACCAUCAAUUUUUGCACCAGAGCAUCUGAUUCCGAAAAAAAUCAACGGACAGAAAAUACGAGCCCGUGAUUUGGCCACAUUUUUACAAAAUUAUAUGAGCAUUUUCAACAGUGAUACUUUGCCAGAGCCACAGACAGUUAUAGCGGCAACAGCAUCAGCACUUCUUCUUGUACUGUGCACUGACUGUUUCAACUCCUAUGACGAAGCGAUGACACGAAAAUUCAAAGAGAAAUCGAAAAAUGAAAGUGAACCAUAUUUCUUGCCAUUAGAUUUGAAAAUGACUCAUGACGAAGCCAAAGCCCAAUCGAUGUCUCAGUUUGUGUUAAAACAAAAGCUUGGUGCCACAGCAUUAAUUGAAAAAUUCCAAACUGAACUUGCAAAAAAGAUUGCUGACAAGUACAAUUCUUUUUCUGAGGACAACAAUAAAAAUACAAGCGCAUUCAAAACUAGAGUGGUGGCAGACCUUCGUGUCUUACACACAGAGUGCAUCGCAUCUUAUAUCAGCGCAAUGGAAAAAUCACUCAAUCAAAGCAAUCCACUUAGUAAACAUGAUCUGCAUCAAAUCCAUGGAAAUGAGUCCAAAGUAUCAACUUCCAAGUUUGAGAACACCCGGAAAUUUGGCAGCGACGAAUUGAUCGAAACUUUUCGCAGUAAGCUUGGGAAUGACAUCAAUGUGCUAUUCAUGAAAUAUGAUCGUCAAAAUGAUGAGGCACGCCAAGUCAUCCAAAAUUUGAAAAAAAAAUCAGAAGAAGAACAAGCAAGGGCCAUAGAACUGAUUAAGGCUGAGGAGAUGGAUAGAAAGAUCAAAGAAGGGCAAGCCGAUUUGAUGAAUUCUCAAUUGAUAGAUACAUGUGUAACCUCAUAUAUGUCUUCAGUGCAGACAUCACUCGCUGGUGAAAACCAAUUUUUCACCCAAUCGGAACUGGAGGAAAUUCACAAGAAUGCCAAAAAAGAUGCCGUGUCAAUGUUCGAACGAGAUCACGAUAAAAAUGGAAGCAGUACAAAUAUGUUAGUAUCCCGCUUGCAGAGUGACCUGGAUAGGAAUUUCAUGCAAUUUAUAUUACAAAACGAUAACAAGCGAAGACAAAAGGAGGCUGCUGAUGAGAACGAAAGAAUGAGAGAUCAAAUGGAAAGAAUGCGCGCAGAAUUGAAAGCUGUCAAAAACCAAGGUACAGGAUCCUCCUGUCAAAUAUUGUAAUACCCCUUUCGGAUCAAUGACGCGAUUUUUCGUAAAAUUUGGAUACAAC